AUGAGUUUGGACGGCUCUUCAGGCGGUUUCCCAGCUGAAGAGGAUCAUCAUAAUGAAGAAAGACAAAGAAAGGAAAAGAGAAAAGCAAAACGCCGACACAAAUUUUCUGAAGAAUUCUUGCAGGCACUUAAGGAAACAUUUGGAGAAAACCCUUAUCCAGAUUUCAGCACGAGAAAAACAUUGGCCAACAAAUUUUCUUGUCCACUAAAUGUCAUUAAUAAUUGGUUUCAGAAUAAAAGAGCCAGACUUCCACCUGAAGAAAGACAAAGAAUCUUUGUUCUUCAGAAAAACGGUGAUUUCCUAGUAAAAGCCCAUCCAUUUUUAAGCUGCCAGGAGACCCAGGCUGCAGCUCCCAACUAUGCCACCGAACAGAGCUUCUCUGAUGCCCAGAGGGCUUUGAUGGGUAGAGCUGGUUGCUCCCGUUUGGGGCAACAGGGGAUUGCCCAUCAAUGGAUGAGCUACAAUUGUUUCUCUUUGGAGAACCAAGAGACUCCUAGUCAACAGGUGGGCCCUCAAUGCUCCUACCUGGAGAAACAAGGGAUGGCCAGUCAACAGAUGGCCUCCCAGUGCUCCUAUCUGGCCACAGGCACUGAAAAGCAACCAGACUGUGCUUUGGAGUAUGGAGGUGAUGCAGGAAGUGGGCAUUCUACUGCCUAUCACUUUCUAAGCUACAACUCUGAAGUAUGCGUUCAUCCUCCUCCACCUUCUGUGCCAUGCUUUUAUGGAGAAAGAACUGAAAUCAGGGAAAGCCAGAAUGCAAGUCCCUUCCUUUUGGAUUAUGCUCAAGGUGCAUAUGGGGUGAAGAGGCCUCAGGAAGAGCAGAAGAUAGAGCACUGUCAUUACUGAUUCUGUCUCUCCCUGCUGCAAGAACAGCUGCAGAAUGAAUCGCAGUAUCACCCGCAGCAGCACCAACAGCCUCUGAAUCGUCUACAGGGGAUGAUGUUCCAGUAACAGCUGCCAAUGGACUUGGGUCCUUCGGCUUUAGGGAAGCAGUGGCCCUCCGCUCAGUCACAGCUGCAUCAACUGCCUCAGGAUAACGGAAAGCCCUCGUGCUCUCAGCUGCAGCACGUGCCUCCCCAAAUAGCUGCUGACUCAUGCCUGCUGCCUCUAGGGCAACAUAGGCAGGAAGAGACUUCAGAGCAAUCCAGGGCCCAAGUGCAGCAGUUUUAG